AUGUUUGGCACGGAGAAGGAGCCGAUGUCGUUGGCGGUAACACUAAGUUCCGCGGAAAUUGUCUUGCAAGAUGCCGAUUGCAACAACACGUACGGAGUCUGUCAAAACUUUUGUAAUCAAGGUAUGAGCUCAGCGGGUCGAAGAACUCACUAUUUUCAGUGGAGUUUUGUCGCGCUUAUUGCAAUCCAAUAUGUUGUACAGACGAAGACCAGCGAAAUAAAAUAUGCUCCGUCAUCAAAGGUCAAACGUACCAACACAACUCGACCAAAUUCCGUGUGACCGGUCAAUAUUUCAGAGCCAGGUCCGAGACCGGGGCUGGGAUCUGGGCUGAAGACGAGCUUUGGUUUAAUGAUGACAUGCUUGGGGUGACAAGUGUCGGUACGGUGCCGAUUGCACUUCAGGUGGUAGAGAAGGUGUGGGCCGGCGCGGAAGGCGCGUAAGCUUUUUCUGACUUUGCAGUAGGUGCCCCGUUCCACCGAAGAUACCAUGAUACUAAAAAACUUUUCCUUAAAUUUGAGCAAUAGCAAAAGGGGAUAGUCAUUUUGAGCAAGACACUGAGUGGUUCAUCUUCAAAAUUGGCUCAAGUUCAAACCCUUGACCGCCCUCUGUAACCCCUGUGUUUUUAGUGUUUUUCUCGGCCUCGGGCGGCAGUCAAAGGCAAGCAGCAUUGUCCACAUCCUCCAUCGACGCGCUCUCAUCGAUAAUGCCAUUGUCACAAUCGCAUACCGCUCCAAAUACACAAUCCAUUACUCACUGGGAGAGCUGGAUGAGACAUGCUGUAGCAGAGACAGACAUACGGUCAACGUUGUGGGCGACCUUCAAUGGAUGUUUGAUGCGAAACAGGCAGCGUUCUUGAACUGCAAAACAGAUGAACACGAUUUUCGUAUACUCCUGGAGACAGACGGGAUGAUCCAGCUGCCUCGGAGGAUUCUGCUUUCGCUUCUGGAAACAGAAAUAAUCGCCCCAGACUAUCAAGACAUCUCCAUCCCACCGAAAUACUUUGCAGUCAACCCGAAGAAUAAGAGUGUUGAAUUUGAAUUCUUUUUCAAAAUUAACGAACACCUCACUUUAUACUCCGAUUUGGACUCGCUUAUCAUUCCGCCUAUAUUGUUACCGCCCGGAAGUACUGUCUUCAAAGCCGCUGCUUUGGAUCCAAACCCUGACAGAGUGGAAUGGGUCAUUGGCAGGCUUGUUCUAUUGAAAUAUUGCGCCUUUCUUGAUUAUAACCAAAAUACAAUUGCUUUUUCUCCGGUGAUACCAGAAGCGCCGAUCCCCUAA